CCGCACCGCACCGGGACGCCGCUUCCCUGGCUUCUCUCUCCUCCGUCUCUCCCUCCCCUCCCGCCGCGUCCAAACCCUAACCCUAAACCCCUCCCCCAGCAACCUCCGGCCGAUCUUCCCCACCCCCACUGACCUGGCUGCCCCCUCCCGAUUCGCCACGCUGGCCCCGAUUCGAUCGAUGUAGGUGACCAAGCUCCCCGACCCCAACAUCAUGGCUGCUGCGGGCUGAGGACGGAGGGGACACGCGGCCAGCAAGCGUCCAUGGCAUUGGGAGAUCUCAUGGCCUCCAGGCUCGUCCACUCCUCGUCCUCUCCGUCGCCGUCGCCGGCCGCGCCCCCGGCGCCGCUGCCGAACCACCACCACCAGCACAACAACCACGUCACGGAUGACCUCCCCGUGGCGAACGGGCCGGAGCCCAGGAAUGGGCUCGAGCCCGCCGAGGUGGAGAAGCCGGAGCCCGUGGCGUACCUGCCCCAGGUGGUGGUGCUGUGCGAGCAGCGCCACGAGGCGCUCGACGAGGCUGCGGCGGCCGCCGCCGGGCCCUCCACCACCGGCCUGGUCUCCAAGUGGCGCCCGAAGGACCGGAUGAAGACUGGAUGUGUUGCACUUGUACUAUGUUUAAACAUAAGUGUUGAUCCACCGGAUGUAAUUAAAAUUUCCCCUUGUGCAAGAAUGGAGUGCUGGAUAGAUCCAUUUUCAAUGGCACCUCCUAAAGCCCUUGAAAAUAUCGGAAAAACAUUGCACUCACAGUAUGAACGCUGGCAACCUAAGGCUCGUUACAAGCUUCAGCUAGAUCCAACAGUGGAGGAAGUGAAGAAGCUUUGUAAUACUUGCCGUAAAUAUGCCAGAUCAGAGAGAGUACUUUUCCAUUACAAUGGCCAUGGUGUCCCAAAGCCUACAGCUAAUGGUGAGAUUUGGGUGUUUAACAAGAGUUACACACAGUAUAUUCCCCUUCCAAUUACUGAUCUUGAUUCAUGGCUAAAAACACCUUCCAUUUAUGUUUUUGACUGCUCAGCAGCUGGAAUUAUUGUGAAAGCUUUUCUAGAGCGCCUAGACUGGAGUUCUAGCUCCUCUGCAUCUUCACAGAAGGAUUGCAUUCUUCUUGCUGCCUGCGAAGCACAUCAAACACUUCCUCAGAGUGCAGAAUUUCCUGCUGAUGUGUUUACAGCUUGCCUCACAACACCCAUCAAGAUGGCAUUGCACUGGUUUUGUAAACGAUCAUUACUCCGAGGUUCUAUGGAUCAUUCUCUUAUAGACCAAAUCCCCGGAAGGCAAAAUGACCGUAAAACUCUUCUUGGAGAGCUGAAUUGGAUUUUCACUGCUAUUACAGACACUAUUGCCUGGAAUGUUCUUCCUCAUGAUCUGUUCCAAAGGCUUUUCAGGCAAGAUCUUCUGGUUGCUAGUCUCUUUCGCAACUUCUUGCUUGCUGAGAGAAUCAUGCGAUCUGCUAAUUGUUCUCCAAUUUCUUAUCCAUUGUUGCCGCCAACACAUCAACACCAUAUGUGGGACGCAUGGGACAUGGCUGCUGAGAUUUGUCUUUCCAAGCUUCCUCAGUUAAUUGCUGAUCCAAAUGCAGAGUUUCAGCCAAGCCCAUUUUUUACGGAACAGCUGACGGCUUUUGAAGUGUGGCUUGAUCAUGGUUCUGAGGACAAGAAGCCCCCUGAACAGUUACCUAUAGUUCUUCAGGUCCUGCUUAGUCAGUCACAUAGAUUUAGAGCACUUGUUCUGCUUGGAAGGUUUCUUGACAUGGGACCAUGGGCAGUUGAUUUGGCCCUGUCUGUUGGAAUCUUCCCUUAUGUGCUCAAACUGCUUCAAACAAGUGCAAUGGAGUUGCGUCAAAUUCUUGUGUUCAUAUGGACAAAAAUUCUCUCUCUUGAUAAGUCGUGCCAGGUUGACUUGGUUAAAGAUGGAGGACAUGCAUAUUUUAUCAGGUUUCUUGACAGUUUGGAUGCUUACCCAGAGCAGCGUGCUAUGGCUGCUUUCGUAUUAGCAGUUAUUGUGGAUGGGCAUAGAAGGGGUCAAGAGGCCUGUAUUAAUGCAGGUCUUAUAGAUGUUUGCCUGAGACAUCUGCAACCUGAAAAUCCACAUGAUGCACAGACAGAACCUUUGCUUUUGCAGUGGCUUUGUUUAUGCCUUGGCAAACUCUGGGAAGAUUUCCCUGAGGCUCGGUUACUUGGUCUGCAAUCAAAUGCACCAGAAAUUGUAGCUUAUUUGUUAUCAGAGACACAACCUGAGGUCAGAGCUUCUGCUGUUUUUGCAUUAGGGAAUCUCCUGGAUAUGGGAUCAACAUCAUUAAACGGUGUCGAUGAUGAUUCUGAUGAUGACGAGAAAUUAAAAGCUGAAACAAUUGUCGUUCGAAGCCUUCUGCAGGUCUCCUCAGAUUGUAGCCCCCUUGUUAGAUCUGAGGUUGCUAUAGCGCUUACUCGGUUUGCAUUGGGUCACAAUAAGUAUCUCAAAUCUGUUGCUGCUGAGUAUUGGAAACCUCAAACCAAUUCAUUGCUGAAGUCACUGCCGUCACUAGCCAAUAUAAGUAGUCCAAACAAUGCCUACAGUCCCAACAACAUUCGACAAGGCAGCAGUGGCCUUGGUUCUCAUAUUGGUCCUGUGCUAAGGGUUGGCAGUGAUAGCAGUGCCACUGGCCGUGAUGCAAGAAUUUCUACGAGCAGCCCGAUUGCAACAAGUAGUAUCAUGCAUGGCUCUCCCCAGUCAGAUGAUUCUUCCCAACACUCUGAUUCAGGCAUAUUACUGAAAGAGAAUGCAAGUAAUGGUGGUCUCAGCUACAACAGAUCGAGACCUGUUGAUAGUGGCAUUUAUUCUCAAUUUAUAUCAACUAUGUGUUCUGUUGCUAAAGAUCCUUACCCAAGAAUUGCAACUAUUGGUCGGAGAGCACUGUCCCUUAUAGGUGUUGAGCAAGUGGUAAUGAAAAAUAGUAGAUUUAACAGUGGAGGUACACAUCAAGGAGAGACAUCUGCACCUCCAUCAAACUUUGGCAUGGCACGCUCUUCUUCCUGGUUUGAUAUGAAUUCUGGAAACUUCUCAAUUGCAUUUAGGACACCUCCUGUUAGCCCCCCUCAGCAUGAUUAUCUUACAGGAUUACGCCGAGUGUGUUCUAUGGAGUUCAAACCACAUCCUAUGAAUUCACCUGAGGGCUUAGCUGGUCCCCUUUUAAGCUCUGUUGCGGCUCCCAGUAAUGCUGAACUAAGUAUACUUCCCCAAUCAACAAUCUACAACUGGAGUUGUGGUCACUUCUCUAGGCCACUUUUAACUGGUUCUGAUGAUAAUGAAGAAGCCAAUGCUAGAAGAGAAGAGAGAGAACAAAUUGCAUUAGGUUGCAUUGCUAAGUGCCAGCGAUCCUCAGCUUGCAAGAUGACAAGUCAAAUUGCUAGUUGGGAUACAAGGUUUGAGACGGGUACAAAAGCAGCAUUAUUGUUGCCAUUCUCUCCAAUCGUCAUUGCAGCUGAUGAAAAUGAGCAAAUAAGAGUGUGGAACUAUGAUGAUGCGCUACCAGUGAACUCUUUUCAAAACCAUAAGUUGUCCGAAAGAGGGCUAUCUAAACUCUUGCUUAUCAAUGAGCUUGAUGAGAGCUUGCUUUUAGCUGCCUCAAGUGAUGGAAAUGUACGUAUAUGGAAAAAUUUUACUCAAAGUGGAGGACAAAAACUUGUAACUGCUUUCUCAUCGGUUCAGGGUCAUCGAGCUGCUGGUCGCAGUAUUGUGAUCGACUGGCAGCAGCAAUCUGGUUAUCUGUAUGCAUCUGGUGACAUGUCUUCUAUCCUGAUAUGGGAUCUUGAUAAAGAACAACUUCUCAGCACCAUUCAGUCAUCUGGUGAUGGUGCAAUUUCUGCGCUGUCUGCAUCUCAGGUCCGCUCUGGACAUUUUGCUGCUGGUUUUGCUGAUGGUUCUGUCAGGAUCUUUGAUGUUCGUUCUCCUGAUAGGCUUAUCUAUACAGCAAGGCCACAUGCCCCAAGAACGGAAAAGGUUGUGGGCAUAGGGUUUCAGCCUGGGUUUGAUCCAUACAAGAUUGUAAGUGCAUCUCAAGCUGGAGACAUUCAAUUUCUUGAUGUUAGAAGGGCAGCAGAGCCCUACCUGACUAUCGAGGCACACAGGGGUUCCCUUACAGCCUUAGCUGUUCAUCGGCAUGCCCCAGUUGUUGCAAGUGGUUCAGCCAAGCAGAUGAUUAAAGUGUUCAGUCUUGAAGGAGAGCAGUUGACGAUAAUUCGGUACCAGCCGUCAUUUAUGGGCCAAAGAAUAGGCAGUGUAAACUGCCUUUCUUUCCACCCGUAUAAGUCACUCUUGGCCGCUGGUGCUGGUGAUAAUGCUCUAGUCUCCAUCUAUGCUGAGGAAAAUUACAAGUAAGGCGAGGUCUACAUCUCUUGACAUGCAUCAACAAUGAAACCAGUAGGCCUUAUGUUUUUGGCCAAGCGAUGGGUCCACGCCAUGGUCCAGCUACAAGAUUAAAAAGGAUGAUGUGAAGCAUGGUCACCGACAUGGUGGUGAUAUGACCGGGGCUCUCGGUGCAUAUUGCCUGUUGGACGACGUGUGCAGUGCAGUUUGUAAGAUAAGAGUGAAGCCAAGAUUCAUUAGCCUCCUUGCACAAGGUUUGUUAACCCCUACCCUGGUCCUGUCAUUGAACUUGGAGGCUUCCCCCCAAAUAAAUUAAUCAUACCUAGGUUAACCGAAAUGUAAAUAGUCACCUCAUUCGGGUUUGCCCGUUCCUUUGCUUUUGCCAACUGUAAAAAGGUUUGGAGGUGGUUGAUACCAUAAAUCAGGUGUGGUGUAGGGGCUGCUGCUGCCUGGGCAAGUGGGGUUGUGCAUACGGGCCCAGGUAGAAAUAGAACGCAUGCACAUGUCUCCUGUAUUCACAGAUGGAUGUUGAAUAGAUAGAUGCAUUUGUCCAGCUAAUAACAUAGCGCUAGAUGGGAUUGGUGUGGCCUGCAUGAACGAGUCUUUGUGCUGCUUGUAUUGUAUUCACCGGACAGAUUGUCCAUUUGUAAAUAUGACUGUACAGUUGUCAGGCAAUGUAUUGUGUUCUUCCUUGUGUAUCUUUCAA